AGGAAUUUCCCUUAUUGUCUUCGCAGCUCCUUCAACCUCGCCAUGGCCUCUGCCGGAAUGCAGAUCCUGGGAGUCGUCCUGACACUGCUGGGCUGGGUGAAUGGCCUGGUUUCCUGCGCCCUGCCCAUGUGGAAAGUGACCGCUUUCAUCGGCAACAGCAUCGUGGUGGCCCAGGUGGUGUGGGAGGGCUUGUGGAUGUCCUGCGUGGUGCAGAGCACCGGCCAGAUGCAGUGCAAGGUGUACGACUCACUGCUGGCACUGCCGCAGGACCUGCAGGCUGCACGUGCCCUCUGUGUCAUUGCCCUCCUCGUGGCCCUGUUCGGCUUGCUGGUCUACCUUGCUGGGGCCAAGUGUACCACCUGUGUGGAGGAGAAGGAUUCCAAAGCCCGCCUGGUGCUCACCUCUGGGAUUGUCUUUGUCAUCUCAGGGGUCCUGACGCUAAUCCCCGUGUGCUGGACGGCGCAUGCCAUCAUCCGAGACUUCUAUAACCCCCUGGUGGCUGAGGCCCAAAAGCGGGAGCUGGGGGCCUCCCUCUACUUGGGCUGGGCAGCCUCAGGCCUUUUGUUGCUGGGUGGGGGGCUGCUGUGCUGCACUUGCCCCUCAGGGGGGUCCCGGGGCCCGAGCCAUUACAUGGCCCGCUACUCGACAUCUGCCCCUGCCAUCUCUCGGGGGCCCUCUGAGUACCCCACCAAGAAUUACGUCUGACGUGGAGGGGAAUGGGGGCUCCGCUGGCACUAGAGCCAUCCAGAAGUCCAACAGCUUUGGGAUAGGUUGGUAUCUUUUGUUUCUGCCUUCUGCUGUUUUUCUUUUGACUGAGGGUAUUUAAA